GUUAUCCCAUUUUACCACUUUCCAUAACCCCACUCUUUCUUAUAUCAUCUUCUUCCUCCCUUCCUUCCUCAUUUUAUCACAACCUAAAAGUCUAAAACCCAUUUUACUAUUACAUUCAAUUAUUCUAACCUUUCUUGAUCCUACAUUGAAGCUUCAGAACAAGCGAGUAGCACUUAGGAAAACAGAGAGAGUAUUUACUGUAGAACUAACAAAAUUCUUCACUGCCCGUUCAAUAAUAUUGAGUCAACUCAAUAUACAAAGCUCUCGCUAUUUAGCGCAUGGGAAGAUCCAAAUGUACUCAUGAAGUUGGUUAUGGACUCCUAUAUCAUUCUUGUUGAAUAGCCUUCUAGCCCUUUUAUUGUCUUACCCACAAAAAUGGCAACCACCCUAAAUCAAUUUAUCCUUCUCAUGCUCCUCAUUUGUUCCUAUUUCCCGCCAAAUUUUGCAUCACCAACGGUCGAAAAAGCUGUUCUUCUUGAAUUCAAAUCCCACCUAAAAGACACAUCAAACUACCUUGCAUCUUGGACUGCUUCCAAUUCUCCUUGUGAUUUUUCUGGAGUGUCUUGUGAUCCACAAACUGGGAGUGUGAAUGGGAUUCAUCUAGAUAAUGCUUCAUUAGCAGGCGAGAUUUCGCCUUCUUUGUGUAGGCUACAAGGACUUAAAUUUCUUGUUCUACCAUCAAACUCCAUUUCUGGGAAUAUUCCACCACAGUUGAGCCAAUGCCGAAAUCUCAAGGUUCUGAACCUCACCAUCAACAAGUUGGUUGGAAGAAUUCCUGAUCUUUCUGGUCUAAGUAACUUGGAGGUGCUGGAUUUUUCAGGUAACUUUUUAACAGGACAAUUUCCCGCUUGGGUUGGCAGUCUGAGAAGAUUAGUCUCUUUGGGUCUGGCAAAUAAUGUUUUCAAUGAAGGGAGAAUCCCGGAAAGUGUAGGCAAUCUGAAGAACCUGACUUGGUUGUUCUUAUCCAACUGCAAGAGGGUAGGAGAAAUUCCGGAAUCAAUAUAUGGUUUGAAAGAUCUUGAAACAUUUGAUCUAUCAAGAAAUAGGAUUUCUGGGAUAUUGUCUAAAUCAAUCUCUGGAUUGCGAAAACUGAGAAAGAUCGAGCUUUUUGCUAACAAUUUGACAGGAGAACUCCCUUCAGAGUUGGCAAACCUGACUCUUCUGCAGGAAUUUGAUAUAUCAGCUAAUCAUUUCUCUGGGAAGUUGCCUCCUGGGAUGGCAAAUAUGAAGAAUCUGACAGUGUUUCAGCUUUAUGAGAAUGAGUUUACAGGGGAAAUUCCUCGCGGUUUUGAAGAUUUACGCAAUCUCGUAGGUUUCUCGAUUUACAGGAACAGAUUUACAGGGGAAUUUCCAAUAAAUUUUGGUAGAUUCUCUCCAUUGAUUAGCAUAGACAUUUCAGAAAAUAACUUCACUGGUCCAUUUCCGAGGUACUUGUGUGAAAGCCGAAACCUGCAGUUCUUGCUUGCUCUAGAAAAUGGGUUUAAUGGAGAAUUCCCUGCUUCCUAUGCUGAAUGUAAAUCACUUGUGAGGUUCAGAAUCAACCAGAACCGUUUAUCAGGGAAACUUCCAAGUGGUAUAUGGUCAAUGCCAAAUGUAGACAUAAUGGAUUUCAGUGAUAAUGAUUUUUCAGGUCAGAUGUCUCCUGAAAUAGGGAAUUCAGCUUCCAUGAGUCAGUUAAUGUUGGAGAACAACAGGUUUUCUGGUGUUCUUCCAUCAGAACUUGGAAAACUAGCUCAACUAGAGAGACUUUAUUUGAGUAAUAACUCAUUUUCUGGUGUGAUUCCCCCUCAACUCGGAUCCUUAAAGCAGUUAUCAUCCUUACAAUUGCAAGGAAAUUCUCUUACUGGCUCAAUUCCACAUGAGCUAGGUGAGUGUACGAGGCUUGCUGAUUUCAAUAUUGCCGGGAAUUUGAUAGAUGGUAACAUUCCUACUACACUUGCUCAAAUGACAUCAUUGAACUCUCUAAAUCUUUCAAGAAAUAGGCUUAAGGGUUCAAUUCCAAGCAGUCUUGGAAAGUUGAAAUUGAGUUUGAUCGAUGUAUCAGACAACGAGCUAUCAGGAAGUAUUCCUCCCGAUUUGUUAGAUAUUGGAAGCAAUGAUUCCUUUCGCGGGAACAAGGGCCUGUGUGCUGACAAGAACACAAAAGUGUUUGUAAAUUAUGGUAUAGGAGUGUGCACUGGUGAACAAACACACAAGAAAGAGUUGUUGUCGAAUAAACUAAUAGCGACUUUUGCUGUUUUGUCUCUCCUUAUUCUGAUCUUAUCCACUCUGUUGCUCAUAAACUACAGACACUACAAGGUUAAUAAUUCAAACACUUGCUCUGAAAAUGAUCAAAAAUGGAAAGUUGAAUCUUUUCACCAUUUGGAGUUUGAUGCAGAUGAAAUCUGUAACUUAGAGGAAGAACAUUUGAUUGGAAAUGGAGGUGCAGGAAAGGUUUACCGAUUGGAGCUGAAGAAGAAGAAUGGUGGAACAGUUGCUGUAAAGCAACUAUGGAAGGGGACUUCUCUGAAAGUAAUAUCAGCAGAGAUGAACAUAUUGGGAAAUAUUAGACACAGGAAUAUAUUAAAGCUGUAUGCUUGUUUACUCAGAGGAAACACUGCUUUUCUAGUGUUUGAGUACAUGGAAAAGGGUAACUUGUUUCAAGCUCUUCGCCGGGAAAUCAAGGAUGGGAAACCAGAACUAGAUUGGAAUAAGCGAUACAACAUUGCUUUAGGAGUUGCAAAGGGUAUUUGUUAUCUGCAUCAUGAUUGUUCACCUCCUAUUAUUCACAGAGACAUAAAAUCAACCAAUAUUUUACUUGAUCAGGAUUAUGAGCCAAAGAUUGCAGAUUUUGGUAUAGCUAAAGCUACUUGUGAUUCUUCCCAGGUGUCUGAGUUUAGCUGUUUUGCUGGUACUCAUGGUUAUCUUGCUCCUGAGCUAGCGUAUACAUGCAAGAUCACAGAAAGGAGCGAUGUAUACAGUUUCGGGGUGGUACUUCUUGAAUUGCUGACAGGAAAAGGACCAAUUGAGGAGCUGUACAAAGGAAGGGACAUUGUUGAUUGGGUUAUAAGUGGCUUAAAUGACAAGAAAACUGACCAGAUUGAUCGUGUUCUGGACUCUAAGAUAGUAUCAGAGUACACCAAAUAUGAAAUGAUGAAAGUCUUGAAGAUUGCCACUCUAUGCACUACAAAGCUUCCAUCUCUCCGUCCUACAAUGAGAGAUGUAGUGAAGAUGCUCAUCGAUGUUGAUCCUUGUGCUUACAGGUCUUUUGAUGAUUACACAGAAAAAUCACAGAAGGCUUUGUUUUAGUACUUCUAAUCUCUCUUUGUCAACUCAGUUUUAAGGAACUUUAUUGUGUAAUUUCGUUGUAUUCAUAGGUGAGGUCAAAUUACUCGAGAAAUCAAUUUUUAUACUACUAGAGAUGCCAAAUUAGUAUCUAGUCAUGUAAUUUAUUUAUCACUGAUUCACUGCAGCUCUACUAUGGUGAAGCGAAAACUGUACUGGUCUUCAAUCAGUAGACUGCAUUACAUAUACAAUCUAUAUCUUUUUUUGUUGUA